AGUUAACAGGCUUGCUCUACAGAGCUUGUUCUGUGUUGUUCUGACCGAGUUCAGCUGUUCAGCUCUCUGUAGGUUUGGACCUGUGCAUCUGCCUGCGCCAUUAUGUUAAGCCGGUUUGUAAACCCUGUUAGACUGUUGGGGUCCAGUCUGAAUGGUGUGCGCUGCAAGUCUACAGCAGUUGCGACUAGCGCAUCUAUAGGCAGUAAAUCCCAGGCUGUAUUCGACAGAGAAGACCGUUAUGGAGCACACAACUACCACCCACUACCAGUCGCACUCUCCAAGGGCAAAGGUGUGUUUGUCUGGGACGUGGAAGGAAACAAGUAUUACGACUUUCUGAGCGCGUACAGCGCGGUGAACCAGGGCCACUGUCAUCCCCGUAUCCUGGCAGCCCUCAGGGAGCAGUCCGAAGUGCUGGCUCUCUCCUCAAGGGCUUUCUACACCAAUGUACUGGGAGAGUAUGAGGAGUAUGUCACGCAGCUGUUUGGUUAUGAUAAAGUCCUACCCAUGAACACAGGCGUGGAGGGUGGAGAGACAGCGUGUAAGCUGGCCAGGAAGUGGGGGUACAAAGUGAAGAAAAUCCCCAACAACAAGGCCAAAAUCAUCUUUGCCGAGGGGAACUUCUGGGGACGCACUCUGGCUGCCAUAUCAAGCUCUACAGACCCGUCUAGUUAUGAUGGAUUUGGGCCGUUCAUGCCUGGCUUUGGCAUUGUGCCCUACAAUGAUUUAGCAGCAUUAGAGAAAGAGCUACAGGACCCUAAUGUAUGUGCGUUUAUGGUGGAGCCAAUUCAGGGGGAAGCCGGAGUUGUGGUCCCUGAUCCGGGCUAUCUGAGCAAAGUGCGAGAGCUCUGUGACAAGCACAAUGUUCUGUGGAUAGCUGAUGAGGUCCAGACUGGACUGGGCAGGACAGGAAGGCUGCUGUGUGUCGACCAUGAGAAUGUUCGCCCUAACCUAGUUGUGCUUGGGAAGGCUUUAUCUGGUGGAGUCUACCCCGUGUCUGCUGUCCUGGCUGAUGAUGAAGUGAUGCUAUGUAUACAGCCUGGGGAGCAUGGGUCUACAUACGGAGGCAAUCCCAUUGCAUGUAAAGUAGCCCUAGAAGCUCUGCAGGUGUUACAAGACGAGAAGUUGACCGAGAAUGCUGAGAAACUGGGAAAUGUACUGCGGUCAGAGUUGGGCAAACUGCCCCAAGAUGUCGUCCGUAUUGUCAGAGGAAAAGGCCUUCUCAACGCCAUUGUGAUCAAUUCCAAGUACGAUGCGUGGGAAGUGUGUUUGAGACUGCGUGAUAAUGGAUUACUUGCCAAACCCACUCACGGGGACAUCAUUCGCUUUGCUCCUCCCCUUGUGAUAACUAAUGAACAGAUCCAAGAAUGCUCCCAAAUUAUCGAAAAAACCGUCAUGAGCUUCAAAUAAACUAUGGAUCAGUCAGGGAACACAUCAGUUGACACAGAUACUAAUAUUUUUAUGUCUCUAAAGCUCCAGAUAUUUGAGAUGUUUAUCGUUUUAUGAAAUACCUCAAAGUAGAUCUCGUUAAAGCCCAGUAGAUGAUGGUUGGAAUUUAUUAAAAUUUUGUUUUGAAGUUUAAUUUUAUAUCUUGUUAAUGUCAAAUCUUCAGUAGUCAAAUUGGACUGAACAGAUCUGCAUACUGUAUUUGUUUAUGUUUGUGUUGUUAUUUUUCUCAGUAAACAGUCUAUUCUUAGUUUUUCAAGAAUUCUGUGGGUUUAUUUGUUCAUGCAUUUAAAACUCAGGUUGAGUGUUUCCAUGUAAAUAGUGGAUAAACUUGAAUAAGUAAUAAAACGUUUAUAGCACACAAGUUGCAUUUGUUUGAAUGGAGACUGAGAAAGCUUAUUGAAAGACAGCAUAACAUUUAACUGAAAAUUUCUGUAAAUACCUGAUAUCUCAUAGUACUGUCAGUUUUAGCACUCCAGUCAAUAGAUUACUUCCAUUGUAUUACAUGGGUAAUGAAAAACAAAUCUUAAAUAUAUUUGAUUACUAGAAACUUUAUUACAUGGUGUGAAGGGGAAAAUGUCUCGAUCAGAUAUUAUCAGCAUUAUUUGGGGGGAGGGGGGUUAUUGAAAGGUUGGGUUUGUAAAUACUAAC